AUGUCGUUCAAUGGCAGCACGAAAAUUGGUUUCCCCGGCAUUGGCAGCUAUCCGUAUCCAUUUGCGGAGCUGGCGGAUGAGCGCACACGGACGUGGCCGCUGGUGGAGUCGCCUUGGAAUGCAGCUAUCCUGCUGGCCUUGUAUUUGCUGAUGGUGCGCUAUGCACCCAAAUGGAUGGCCAGGUACAAACCGUUGCAGCUGCGUGGCCCAUUGUUCUGCCACAACCUGGCCAUGGCCCUGCUGAAUGCCCACAUAUGCCUGGAGCUUUUUACGGCGUCGCGUGCCCUCAACUAUAGCAUCAGCUGUCAGCCGUGUCGGGUGAGCCAUAGCCCCCAUGAAAUGCGUAUUGCCGCGGCCUUUUGGUGGUUCUACAUCUCGAAAAUACUUGAAUUUGCCGACACGGCCUUUUUCAUCCUGCGCCAGAAGUGGUCACAGUUGAGCUUCCUGCAUGUCUACCACCAUAGCACCAUGUUUGCCAUGUGCUGGAUCGUUGUCAAGUGGAUACCGACCGGCUCGACCUUUCUGCCAGCCAUGAUGAACUCCUUCGUGCACAUCAUUAUGUACGGCUAUUACGCGCUGAGUGUGCUGGGGCCCCGCAUUCAGCCGUAUCUGUGGUGGAAGCGCCACUUGACCGCCCUGCAGCUGUUGCAGUUUGCCAUUGGCCUGGCCUGGGGUUCGCAGGCCAUCAUCCAGAGAUGCGAAUACCACACCUGGGUUAGUCUCACCGGCGUCGCCUACAUGCUAACGUUUCUCUACCUCUUUGGCCGCUUCUAUGCCCAAAAAUACAGGGUAGCAGCAGCCGUCAAGCAUCUCAAGUACACGAAAUAAAGUUCUGAGCCACAGAUUUUAUUACAACUUCAACGUGACACUU